CACUGUGUAUGAUUUGACCUGUUUUCUAAUGUAUUUUCCUGGUUUUUGUGUUUGUGCGUAUGUAAUGUUUUGUCUGUUUGUUUUCUUCUGAGGACGUCUUCUUUUUUUUUUUUUUUUUUUUUUUGCUUUCUUUUCUUCUCCAUUCUGUGUGGACCCAUCUCUUUUUUCUGGUGGUGGGAUCAUUUCUCUCCCAUCAAUUUGAUUGGGUCUCUCACCCUCCCUCACUCUCUCUCUAUCUCUCUAUCUCUAAAGAGGAGGAGCUUUUAAAGAGACUCCACAACCAUACCUGAUGAAGGAGAAGGAGAAGGAGAAGGAGAAGAGCAGCCCAAGAGAGAGCAAAAGAAAAAAGAAAAGGAGAUCAUUUUGAAAAGCCUGAAAGCUGUCUAAAGCUCAAAAAGAGAAAGCUGCUUCCAUAACCGAAAGAGAGAAAUUAGCUUUUUUCCCCCUCUUCCUCUCGCAUCAUGCGCCUAGCUUAGCUUAGUUUCUCUCUCAAAAGCAGCGAGAGAGAGAGAGAGGUUUGCUUUGGUUCUGGAGCCUUGUACUGUACACCACAGCCAUAAAAUCUCCCUAAAGAGAUCGAGGAGAAGAAGCUCUCUCGAACCCCAUGAUAGGAAACAACACCAUCAUUUCUAGUCCCCCAUCAUCAUUCCCUCCUCCUCCUGAUCCAUUCCGUGAUUGCUUAGAGAACAAUGGCAACGCCACCAACAAGAGGAAAAGAAGACCUGCUGGUACUCCAGAUCCAGAUGCGGAGGUGGUGUCGCUGUCCCCGAAAACCCUACUGGAGUCGGACCGGUACGUGUGUGAGAUCUGCAACCAGGGCUUCCAGAGGGACCAGAACCUGCAGAUGCACCGGCGGCGGCACAAGGUGCCGUGGAAGCUCCUCAAGCGGGAGACGCCGGCAGUGCGGAAGCGGGUCUUCGUUUGCCCCGAGCCGAGCUGCCUGCACCACGACCCGGGCCACGCCCUUGGGGACCUCGUCGGCAUCAAGAAGCACUUCCGCCGGAAGCACAGCAACCACAAGCAGUGGGUGUGCGAGAGGUGCUCCAAGGGAUACGCAGUUCAAUCAGAUUACAAGGCACAUCUCAAGACUUGUGGAACGAGAGGGCACUCCUGUGACUGUGGCAGGGUUUUCUCAAGGGUUGAGAGCUUCAUUGAGCACCAGGACUCCUGCAACAUGGGUCGUUUAAGGUCAGACUCCCACAAUAAUAACCUGCAGCCUCCAUGCCUGUCUAGGACAGCCUCGAGCCCAAGCCCUUCAAGUGACACCAAUCUCAACACGCCCUCUUGGCCAGCACCGAGGGCCUUGGCAAUGCCCAAGCCGGCCAAAGGCGCGCCCAUCUUCUUGAACCCCAUCGCUAACAAACCGUCCUCCAAGACAGAUCAUCGUGACGACUUGCACAAUCUCGAGCUUCAGCUCUCGACCUCGUCGAACCCUGCUGACACAGUUUCCCCCCAUCCUUCGAAGAGAGACGAGAAGUACCCGUCCCAUCUGCAGCUCUCGAUGAGCUCCUCAUGCGCCGAUUGCGCCUGCGAAAGAAACGGCGAUGGCAGUCGCGAUCAAUCGACACAUCAGCUGAGGAUGGCCGUGGCCGAGAAGGCGUACGCGGACGAGGCGAGGCAGGCAGCGAGGCGGCAGAUCGAGCAGGCCGAGAGGGAGUUUGCCAACGCGAAGCGGAUGAGGCAGCAGGCGCAGGCAGAGCUAGAGAAAGCCCAUGCGCUGAAGGAACACGCGAGGAAGAAGAUGAACUCGGCGAUCCUGCAGAUCACAUGCCAAGUCUGCAAGCAAAAGCUCCAAGCAAGAGAGUUGCUGAGGCUGGCUCCAGAUCACGAGAGCUCUUUGGCAUUGAGUUACAUGUCAUCUGCAAUCACAGAGGGAGAAGUGGAUAAUGAUAUCAAUAGAGUAUGCUAGUGGGGAAAAAAGGAAAAGAAGGUGGUUUAUAUAGGUCUUUUAUAAUUUCUGGUUGAGUAUAUAAGUUCUUUAAGUUCGAUUUCAUUAGGUGCUUGAGGGGGGUAUAAGUUAUGAUUUGAUUUUUUGCAUGGAGUGUUCUUGUACUAUUAAUUUGUUAAUUAGUCUCCAAUAAAAGUUGUAGUAAUGGGUUUCAA